GACGGAAGCUCGCAUCGAAAAAGAGCGCCUUGAUUAAAAGUGGAGACGUUACCUGAAGUGUCCUCCUCAUCACUGUGACCAUGAGUUUCUCCCCCGGUCCGUCCGGCCCCCCCGGGUGCACCAGUAUCCAGGAACAGAGAGACCGCUGGGAGAGAAAACGCAGCCGAACAGCCAAAGAGUUGGUACAGACGGAACAACGCUACUGCCAACAGCUGGAGCUGAUCACCACUUACUUUGUGGAGAUUUUGAAGGCCAAAGGAACCCUGAAGCAGGACAUUCAAGAGAGCAUCUUCAGUUCAAUUAAAGCCAUCCAUUCAGUGAACCAAUCUCUGCUGGUCCAUCUGGAGAACGGCUACUUCGGCCGAGGCUUCGAGCAGAUCUGUCCACAGCUGCACCACUACAACACAUAUGUAGACAACAUCUACAAUGCCCGCAAAGUUCUCGGGAUCCAGCUGAGGAAAAACAAGGCCUUCAGACGUUUUAAGAAACUCCAGGAAGCCCGACCAGAGUUCAACAACCAGAAGCUCGAGGACUUACUUCAACUUCCUGUUCAGCGAAUCGAUCAGUAUAAACAUUUCCUGCAGGACCUGGCUGCCAACACAAGUCCAGACAACCCAGAGUUUCAGCAGCUUUCAAGGGCGGUGACGGCGGUGUGCGAGGUGUCCCAGCGUAUACAGAACAAUAGCCGCCGCCAUGAGAACCACCUGCAGCUGUGCCGGGUGCAGAAACUGCUGAAGGGGCGAAAGACGAAGGUGUUGGCUGCAGGGAGGUGGUACAUCCGUGAGGGCUGGCUGAAAGUGGUUCCUCCUAAAGGUGCGGAAGCUAAGCCCAAGAUGUUCUUCCUGUUCUCUGACAUGCUGCUGCAGGCCAAACGCUGCAGCCCGCUGCAGUACACUAACAGAGACAAAUUCGCCGGCCAGCACGCCUACCCCCUGCAGGACUGCACUGUGGAGAAGGUGUUUGGCCACACCAGGAGCCAGGGAGGCCUGCUCAGCUUAACUUUUCCCAAAGCCAAACUCCUGCUGAUGUCCUGCAACCAGGAGGAUCUCAAUGACUGGUACCAAAGUCUGAGUACUGCAAUCAGGAAGCUGCAGUCUAAGCAGACAGUCGUCCAUCAGAGAGAUGAGUUGUGCCGGAGACCCCUCAGAUCAGCCGCUGACGGGCCCAACACACCGAGCAGCAGCAACCCCAACAGGAAGAGAAACCUGGUGAGCAGUGAGAGCAGUGAGCAUGCUCAGAGGCCUCCAGCUGAGUGGGAGAGCAGCGCCCCCAAGAGGAUGAAGCAGUCUGACACUUCAGAGAAGAGCAGUGCCGAAGCGUCCUCCAGCUGUGUGAUCCUCUGAUGGACUUCUUCUUCUCCUGCAGUCUGAAUACAGUUCAGCAAGAGGUGAUGGUGGAUCCUGAACGGUCUGUCUGACAGUUUCACUUCAGACCGACUUCUGUGUUCCACUCUGUUUUGCCAAACACGACACACAUGCAGCCGUACAUGUGUGCUGAUAACACUUUUUUUGUCACAAGUCAGGAUUUGGAUUAUUACUAACAGCAGCUGUAGCUUCUGCUCAUCCUGUGCAAUAUAUAAAUUAUCAUCAUGUGCUGCUUUAAAGACCAAAUGUAUGAUGAAUGUUUAGCUGUUAGCUGCUUGUCUUAAAUAGCUAAUAGAGCGGUGU